CGCCCUUCAUCCUUCACAUUUGCAUUCAAAUCUGACCCCGCACCAGUUAUGUUGCAGCACGUCUGACUCCUAAAAACAUCUAAAAGCUCCAAACAAUUCCACAAAAGUGACUUUUGCAGCUGCGCAUGGUUCCUUUCAGGACUCUAAAGAACUGAAGUUGGCAAAUGCUGCGACUAAACGAGUCGCUCAAGUUCUUCUGAAUAAAGGAAUGAGAGCCGCGCACGUCCGUCCCACAGACAUAACGCGAACGCAACGCGCCGCUCGGUGACGUCACGCCCAGCAUCGGAACGCCAGGACUCGCCGCGCAUCGGGACGCACGGAACGAUGACCGCAAAGAACAGAAAUAAGAACAACUCGCAGCCGAAUAACGACAAGACGCUCGGCAGCCCGCAACCUGAAGACGCGCCGAAGAACAAGAGCCCGAAAGUCGCGAAAGCGGACAACGCGACGGGCUCAGGCGGGCUGAUGAAGUUCUUGUCCGCGCUGACCUAUCUGGUCUUCGUGAUUGGAACCGUGAUCGUGUCCCUGUGCUUCUAUCAGGAGCUGUCAGACAUCAAACAGACGAACUCCAGAUAUGAAGAAUCGGUGAAGAAGUGCGCAGACGCGGAACAUGCGCUUCAACAGGUCAGGUCCAUGAAGGCGUCUCUGGAGUCUCUGGAGAGCCAGAUGCUCACUGCCAGGACUGAUCUGGAGCGCACCAGCCGAGCCAUGCAGAAAGGAGAAGCCGACACUCGGCGCAUGGAGGACUCAUUCCAGAAACUCCAGAACAAGAUCUCCCAGGAGCUCACACAGGGCAUCCGGGAGGCGAAAGACGCGGGGAACAAGGACAUCUCGUCCCUGGAGCGCACAAUGGAGGAGCGCCUAGCUCAGCUGAGCCGCUCCAUCGCUGAGAGCACAGCCGAGUUCGCCAGCCAGCAGAGCCAGUAUAAGAACGAGCUGCUUGAGCUCAAGGCUCGUCUGGAGGAGAAGGACACGCCGGCGCUCAUCAAGCAGGAGCUGACGUCCCUCAGCAGGGCCGUGGCCAUUCUCAACACCGCCAGCGAGGUGGCCGAGGGGAACGUGGCGGUGCUAAGGGAGCAGAUCGCAGCGGUGGGCGCCGAGCUGCAGACCAGGAACAAGGAGGUGGCGUCUGUGUCCGAGGACGUGGAGGCCGUGAGGACGGUGGUGCAGAGCGCUGUUCGGACCUUACGGGACGAGGUGUCCGCAGCACGAGCCAGCGCUCAGACCGCCUCCGACCAGCUUCAGGGCCUCAACGAAAGGCUGGAGCAGUCCAGCGGCGCCCUCCAGAGCCUGGAGAUCAGCAUGAGAGAGGAGCUGCUGAAGGUGGACAAACGCAGAGAGGACGUGGACAUCCGACUGAAGGGUGUGGAGGAGAACGUGGAGGCGUUGGAGUCCUCGCUGUCAGAGCAGACGAACAGACUGAGCGCUCUUACGACAAAGCAUGAAUCCCAUGAGAACUCGCUGGCUAACUACAAGACGGCAGCUGAGAAGGAGAGACAGACGCUGAGAGACGGUCUGGACGGUUUGAGGAGUAGUCUGGAGGAGCUGGAGACUAGAGUAUCUGAGACCCAGGAACAGAAGCAGGAACUGGAUCAAGAGAAAGAAGCAGUCGAAGUACCUGAAAAUGAAGAUUUGUAAGGCUGGGAUGACCUACUGGAGGCGAAAGCCGUCGUUCAAGAUGAUGGGGUGCUGUGGUGGUGGAAAUGUGAACGUGGAAGCUCUUUAUCCGAGCGAUAAAUGGGUGAACUGCUGUUUCUUCAGGCGACACGUACCUGCACUGUAGUUUGUAGCUGCGCAGAUGUUUUCCAGGGCUGUUGGUCGUUUCAGUAACUCUCUCUGAACACAUCAUGAUUGUAGCUAUUUUCCAAUAAAAUGUCUA